AUGCUGUCUCUUUCUCGUCUACGAUUGGGUCCGACUAGGACGUUCCUAGCACAAGCACGAUGGAAGCACGGGUGCUGUUUACCUUCAGUCCCUGCCUUAACCCGUUUCGCAACGACCGUAACACCAAAAGGCAACACCAGAAAACUUGACCUACCCGCAAUUGACCGGAAAUGGCAAGAAAAAUGGCACUCCAAAAAGUCGAAUCUACCAUCCAUUGCCUCUGAGACGAAAGGUAACACGGAGAAGCCCAAGUCUUAUAUUCUGUCCAUGUUUCCUUAUCCGUCAGGAACGCUACACAUGGGACACUUACGUGUGUAUACAAUAUCUGAUGUGCUUGCGCGAUUCUAUCGCAUGCGCGGUCAUGAAGUUCUCCACCCUAUGGGGUGGGAUGCUUUUGGGUUACCAGCGGAGAAUGCGGCGAUAGAGCGGGGAAUUGAUCCGGCGGAAUGGACGAAGGACAAUAUUGCUAGGAUGAAGGAACAACUGCGGAGUAUAUCUACUUCCUUUGACUGGGACCGUGAACUUGCGACGUGUGCCCCGGAAUUUUAUGAACAUACACAGCGGAUAUUUUUGAUGCUCUAUAAGAAAGGUUUAGCAUAUCAGGCGGAAGCUUUGGUCAAUUAUGAUCCUGUGGAUAAAACGGUCCUAGCAAACGAGCAGGUCGAUGCCAACGGCUUCUCGUGGCGGUCCGGAGCAAAGGUCGAAAAGUUGAACUUAAAGCAGUGGUUCUUCCGUAUAACUGACUUUAAGGAAGCUCUUUUGAAUGACCUGGAUUCCUUAGCCGGUGGCUGGCCGGAGCGGGUGCUGUCCAUGCAGCGCAACUGGCUGGGAAAAUCGUACGGCGCAAAAGUCAAAUUCCCUAUUGCAGCGGAAGGAAUUGGGUGCGGGAGUACGGAGAUAGAUGUCUUCACCACGCGGCCAGAUACACUCUAUGGAGUAGAAUAUCUUGCUUUGUCCCUAAACCAUCCCAUCGUCUUAGCGGCUGCGGAGACAGAUUCAAAGCUGCGUAAGUUUUUGGAUGAGGCGGCCUCCCUUCCCCCUGACUCCAAGACAGGGUAUAAAUUGUCCACCGUGACUGCCUCUCAUCCAUUACAUAUCAUUGAUAGGGAGAGCCCUCACGUCGCUCGCCGGCUUCCUAUAUUUGCAGCCCCCUAUGUUCUUAGCGAUUACGGAGAGGGAGCAGUAAUGGGAGUUCCAGGUCACGAUUCUAGAGAUCUGGCAUUUUUCAAAGAGAAUGUUCAACCUGAGUCCAUACCUGUCGUAAUCGAACCACAUCGUGCAUCUGAUGCCGAGUCCGGGGCUAGCGCCGGCCAUCUCCCUGCCGGUGAUAUGAAAGCUUACACUCAUGAGGGUUUCCUCAACUCGAGAUGUUGGAAAUACCAGGGCCUUCAUUCCCGCGAGGCGGGUCAACAGAUAAUCAAUGACCUCAGAGCCGUAGGCCAUGGAGACACCGUGGAGCAAUGGAGACUGAGAGACUGGUUGAUCAGCAGGCAGCGCUAUUGGGGUACCCCGAUUCCCAUCAUUCACUGCGGGGAUUGUGGCCCCGUGCCCGUGCCGGACGAUCAGCUCCCAGUCAAGUUGCCUAAAAUAGAAGGGGACUGGCUGAAAGGGAAGAGAGGAAAUCCUCUGGAGUCGUCCGAUGAGUGGGUUAACACUGAAUGUCCGAGGUGUCAAGGUCCUGCGAAGCGGGAUACGGAUACCAUGGAUACCUUUGUCGAUUCCUCAUGGUAUUUUCUCAGAUUUCUAGAUAGCGCCAACCGACGACAGCCGUUUUCACCGUCAUCUGCGCGACCAGUCGAUGUUUAUAUCGGCGGUGUCGAGCACGCGAUCUUGCACCUACUCUACGCCCGGUUCAUCUACAAAUUCCUUGCUAAGUCCGGCUUGUUCCCGGAGAUUGCUCAUGUAGGUGAUGUUUCGAGGCCGUUGGAGCCGUUCAAGACGCUCCUUUCCCAAGGUAUGGUUCAUGGAAAGACGUACUCGGAGCCCUCUACAGGGAGAUUCCUCCACCCUUCUGAAAUGGACCUCUCUAGCCCCGAUAAACCGGUCAUCAAGGGCACUCAGAUCACUCCUAAUGUGUCCUUUGAAAAAAUGUCGAAGAGCAAGCACAAUGGCGUGGACCCAACAGCCUGCGCCCUCAAGUACGGCGCUGAUGCCACUCGUGCCCACGUGCUGUUCUCCGCACCUGUCAGUGAAGUCCUUGAAUGGGAUGAAACAAAGAUUGUGGGAGUCGAACGCUGGUUUGGCCGAGUUUGGAAGCUUGUGCAGGAUGCGCAACAGACACUUGCUUCAUCGUCAUAUACGUUCAAUCCAGAUGAACUGAUGCUGUCCAACCACGCCACAGCCCUCCCCUACUCUCCACAGAAUCUCAGUGGAAAUGACGCAGAUGCUGUUCUCUUCACCCAUAGAACUAUUUUGUCCGUUACAAGUUGCAUAGAAAAUAACCCUUAUGGGUUGAAUACCGUUAUUUCUGACUUGACAAAACUAACCAAUUCGUUAACCUCAUCAACACCGUCGUCCCCACAGGUCCUCUACUUAUGUAUAUCCUCACUACUUCGCCUUCUCGCACCUAUCGCACCAGCUCUGGCAUCUGAGAGUUGGGAAACUCUCAACGAACCGAUAAUUGGCCGCUACCCGAAGAAUGAAUCCAUAGACAAUGCAUAUGACGUGCCCCCAAUUUUUGACUGUCCCUGGCCAACAGCCCUCUUGACCUCAGAGCAGACAGAUGUACUGUCGGCGCGGGGUGGUCAGACCGUGGCAGUUCAGAUCAAUGGCAAGUUGCGGUUCACCGUCACAGUCCCACGACAGCUGUCGCCCACGACGGAUGAAUCAAGCGAGCAGGAUUUUAUAAUCAAUCGCAUCCUGGAAACCGACGAAGGACGUACUUGGUUGCGUGAGAAGAAUGACUGGGAAAAACGGAGGCGCGUAAUUGUCGUCAAGGGGGGUAAAUUGGUUAAUAUUGUAUUCUAA